AUGGUUGUCCCAACACUGAUCCACAAACGUUAUGUCAAGACCAACCCCGACAUUGUCGCCCUCCCUGCGCCCACGCCUCGUGGUCCAGUAGGUCUCCUCUGGCCCGUCUGUUCCAUUGAAUUGGUCUAUUGGACAGCAAAACACAACACUUGGGUCAUUGCUUGUCCAACCAAUUACAACAAUCAUAAUUGGAAGACCUGGCGGUGCAAUCAAUUGAACCACAAACUUGCAAUGAUGAACAUGGGUGUUAGUCCACCCAUCAUUUUUGCAGCCGGGCAACUGGGGUCCAAGGGUAUCCCCGACUGGCCAAAUCCUAGACAAUGCACCAGCAACCAAUCCUUCCGUGUGGUACCAUCAGUACAAAAAACAAAAUCAACUUUCACCCCCUUCCCAACCAAAAAAACCUCCACUUCAAUGUCAACGUGUAAACGAGGGCACAACAGCUCAAAACCAUAA